AUGGCUUCCGAAAAGAAGAUCACAUCUUCAGCCAUAUGGUUGCGUCUCCCCGAAUUACCUAUCGAAUUUUACGAUAUUCAGAUACUGCAAAAACUGGGAAAUAAAAUAGGAAAAUUACUUACAGUUGAUGCCUGCACCUCUACAACAACACGAGGUAGAUACACAAGGCUCUGUGUUGAGGUACCUUUGGAUCAACCAUUAAAAACUCAUCUCUUUAUAGGCAGCCAUAACCAAACUAUCAUUUACGAAGGAUUAAAUAUGCUCUGUGUUAACUGUGGUCGACUUGGCCAUCAAAGGGCAUGUUCUUAUAAACCCCCACCAAAUUCUCCCACAGAUUUCAUUCCGUUAAAACAGUCCCUAACUCAAAACCAUACAGAUAGCCCUUCUUUGAAUUCCCCCACUCCAACUAAUGAUGAAUGGAAGCUUGUACAAUUUCCAAGGAAAUCCAUGACGAACACAACUGCAACCAAAUCAAACUUUAACCAACCCACGAUAGUUUCUCCUUCUUCAGCUUCUCCAUCAUCAG